AUGUCCAACAAUUUGCAACAAGUUGACGCCUUGAUUCAGGGCAACCAUGACAAGAAUGUACGGACCUUGGCCGAAGCACAAGUCGCGACCGACUGGUAUGUCAAGGUCAAAGUCCAUAACAACACGGCCUGGAUUGCUAAUUUCUACAAACGAAUAUUAGCGGCGGCAGGCACCAUAGAGGAGGAGCCAAAGGACGUUCCAGCUCAUUCAACUGGCUCCGGAGGAAAGUAUGAUGCGCCUUUCGGCCCGUACGGGGUCUCCGUUCUGCUUGCCUACAAUUCUCCCCAUCCAGAUAGGAGGUUCGCGUUGUACUUUGUGAUGCCCUAUGUCGGAUCCAACUCGUGCAAGUGUAAAAUUAUCGACAAGGACACAAAGAUUGACCAGACGCUUUUCAACUCGAUGGACGGAAGUAGCGUGGCGGCGACUAACCAGGACAUGACUGUUGAUGGCAAGAAGUACAACUUCACGGAGGUACGACCCCUACUUGUGACUUCUACAUUAAUUGCGACGAAAUCGCUCAGUGAAAAUGAUCUCGAAGCGCUCGGAAAUGUAUUCGCUGACGUUUCUAACAAGGAAUACGAGCUCCACAUGUCGGUCGAUAUCGGUGCCCUGGAUAACACAUUGCGAUGGACCAUACUGCAAAUGACUCUG